AUGACUAGGCCUCAAAUUAUCCGAGCUGAUACCUUGGAUCUUCAAGAUCAUGAUACCCCUUCCGCCAAAGAUCACACCAAAAAACCCGAACAUCCAGAUCCUCUUGGGAGCGGCCGGCCUGCUCCCCAUCAAGAACUUUCUAUUCGCAAUGCUGAACAAGAUUCGCAAGCGGAGAUAAAGGGCGGACUAGACAAGAAUCACGAAUACCGUGGUGACAAGGAGGCGUAUCGAGAACCCAACGACGAGGAAGAUGAUGAGGAUGAAAAUCACUACGACCAUGAAGAUGGUGAUAUGGCAGAUGGUGAAAGCGAUGAUAUGAUGGACGAUGAUAUGAUGGACAAAAUCUCCAGCUCACCUUCUAUCGAUGAUGAGGACAUCGAUUUUGAGUUUGUAUAUGCGCUUCACAACUUCGUCGCAACAGUCGAUGGGCAAGCAAAUGCCGCAAAGGGUGAUACCAUGGUUCUUCUCGACGACAGCAACAGCUACUGGUGGCUUGUGCGCGUGGUGAAGGAUGGCAGCAUCGGUUACCUCCCUGCGGAACACAUUGAAACACCAACUGAAAGGCUGGCUAGAUUGAAUAAACACAGAAACGUGGAUUUAUCUGCGACCAUGUUGGGCGACAAUAACGAAAAGUCAAAGAAUCCUUUGAAAAAAGCUAUGCGCCGUCGGAAUGCGAAGACCGUCAACUUCGGGGCCCCGACAUACAUCGACGCCUCCGAUGUCGACUACUCAACGGACGAUGAUUCCGAACACGGCGACUUUUUCAACGACGAUGAGACUCUGGACGGAGAAGAGGAAGAUGUCCAAGAGCAAGCCGAAGAUAAUAUUGUCGUGGAACCUCUGAGGCCCAAAGCCCAGAAAGAAAACUCCCCAGAGCAUGCCGAUGUCAACGGUGCGGAGAAACAAGAUUCGCAGCGUUCAAGCUCUGAUCGACGCCCAUCCAGUGAAGAGUUCUUUGAGGCCGAAGGUAAAAACACUCAACUCUACUGCCCUCGGAUAGUAUUUGGAACUUACUUUUAUAAAGUAGAACCCCCUGUCAGUAGAUCCAGAAAUGGCACUGUACGAAACACCGAUUCCUUCUUCAAAGACGACACUGCCGAGCCCAAGAAGAUUUCUCUCACGCCAAAUCUCCUGCGCGAUAUUCGCGAUGAAAACAGCACAAACACCUUGGCUGAAUGGAAAGAGCCUCGUGGAAGCUUUGAAUCUAUCGAAAAGGGCUCCAACUCACAGGACAAAAUCAAAGAGAAAGAGGAGAAGAAACGAAAAGACAAGAAACCUGGAAUGCUCAGCGGGUUAUUCAAACGCAAGAAGAGCAAAGAUGACAUUGAAGACCCAGAAAAGUCUCCUGCAGACCCGGCAUUCCGCACAUCGCCCCAACCUAAGACCUCGAUGGAGUCUAUCUCAUCAAAGUCUAUGUCCCCCGAACAACAGCGGCCGUCUAAGCCCCAGAAAUUCUCGAACAACAAGCUACACAAGCAGCCCCCAGGAAUCAUGAAGGUUGAUCCAGUCCUUGACCCUGCGAUGGCCGAGUUCGCCAGAGGCAAUGAGGCUAUUAACCAGAGUCAGGGUAGCAAGAGCAUUCGGCAGGUGCCACUGCAAGAAGAAAGAGAAAGCAGCUACGAAGACUGUGAAAUUGUGUUACAAUCGCCUAUUAGCCAAUCGAGUCCUUCCAAGGACCCCUUUGCUACUCCGCUCGAAUCCAUGGACUCUCUGGAAUCGCCUGUUGAUCGACCAUCUAGUGAAGCUCAAUGGAGAGGUCCCAAUGAUCCAGCCCAAACAACGGCUAGAUCGGCGUCUGUUACAUCUCCACCCCAGAAAUUCGUCCCUACGCUGGCUGGAAAUGAACCAGAGUCCCCUAUCAAUAUUUCUCCCGUGGAAGCAUAUUCUCCCAUGAGCGCACGCGGCUCCACAAAUAAUGCCUCUCCUCGAGAAGUGCGCUCUCUAUCGCCCCCAUCUCCGCCAUCAUCACCCGGUCAGAGCAUUAUUUACCCCAAGGGUAGCAUGGCUGCUCCAGCCUCACUCGACACCCUUUCCGUGGACACUCCGACGUGGAGUGACUCCAGUCUACGAUCAUAUAUGGACGAAGAAAACGACAUUCGUGACUUGUUUAUUAUUGUCCACGACAAAUCAAAUGUACCUCCUGCUGGCCCUGACCACCCCAUCACCGGUCGUUUAUUCAAGGAGGAAAGCAAGAGACUCAAGGAGAUGAACACUCAGCUUGAUGAAAUGCUUGUGAACUGGAUGUCACAGCGGACUAACAGCUCGACCUCCACUCGUCGCAUUCAGAGUCCGCCCGUAUAA